UCUUCCGCUUCAACUCUUAAUCUCGAUCUAUUCUAUCAAAUCCCUCGAAUCAAUUAGGGUUUCUUCCUCUCGAUCCCCAAAUUUGGGAAAAAGAAGAAGCGAUAAUGGCUGAUGUGAAUCUGACGGAAGGGGCCAUAUCGACUAUGAGUAGUGACGAUUUCUCUUCGGAGGAUUUGAGGCCAGUGCUUCAAGUUAUCGACUUGAAGCUGGUGCAGUCGUCGCAGCACAGCCACAGCGAGAGGUACAGGUUGGUGCUUUCGGAUGGCUCGCUUUAUCAGCAAGGGAUGCUCGGCACGCAGAAGAACGAGUUGAUCCAUUCUGGAAGGUUGCAGAAAGGUUCCGUUGUUAAGCUCACUCAGUUCGUUUGCAACGCUGUCCAGGGCCGCAAGAUUAUUAUCAUCAUUGAGCUUGAAGUCUUAUUGGACAAAUGUGAUUUGAUUGGAGAACCUAUCCCAGCAUCAAAAAAUGUAUCUGCACAAUCUGCUUCUGGUCAGUCAGGGAUCAACUCUGGGAAUUCACAGUCUUUAAAUAGUAGUUCACAUGCAGGCGGCGUGCCUGCUAGAGCAAAUGUGGCUGGGUCAUCCCCGGACCACCCGAAAGUGAAUCCUCCUCCUACUAGUGCUUAUUCUAGUAAUUCUGACUCUGCAAGAUAUGGUGCAUCUAAUGCCCCUCCUAUUUAUCCUAAAGUAGAGCCUGGAGUCAGUUUGCCUAGAUCAACACCAUUCAGUGGCACUUAUGGUGAUCAGAACACAAGUUUUCGCAGUCACCAAUCUGAGGCUUCAAGGCCGUUGCAAAAUUCUUAUGCUCGUCCACCUCAGCCCAUGUACCGACAGCAAUCUCCAAUGUACACUAAUAGAGGGCCUGUAGGAAGAAAUGAAGCUCCCCCCAGGAUAAUUCCAAUAGCUGCGUUAAAUCCAUACCAGAAUAUGUGGACAAUUAAAGCUAGAGUAACGGCUAAGGGAGAACUCAGGCACUAUAAUAAUGCCCGAGGUGAGGGCAAAGUAUUUUCUUUUGAUCUUCUGGAUUCUGACGGUGGAGAAAUUCGGGCAACUUGCUUUAAUACCGUGGCUGAUCAGUUCUAUAAUGUAAUUGAAGCUGGUAAAGUCUAUCUGGUUUCCAGGGGAAGCAUAAAGCCAGCGCAAAAGAAUUUUAAUCACCUUCGUAAUGAUCAAGAGCUAACCCUUGAUAUUACAUCAAUCAUACAGCCUUGCCUUGACGAUGAUAACUCAAUUCCAAAGCAGACGUUCAAUUUUCGUCCCAUUAUUGAAGUUGAAAGUGUGGAAACCAACAGUAUUGUAGAUGUGAUUGGUGUGGUGUCUUCUAUUAGUCCUACAGCUUCAAUCAUGAGAAAAAAUGGCACUGAAACUCAGAAAAGAACUCUCCAAUUGAAAGACAUGUCUGGCCGCAGUGUUGAAUUAACUUUAUGGGGAAGUUUUUGCAAUGCUGAAGGACAAAGGCUGCAAAGUAUUUGUGAUUCUGGGGCAUUUCCAGUUUUGGCUGCAAAAGCAGUCAGAGUAAAUGAUUUCAAUGGGAAGUCUAUUGGGACCAUAGCCACUAGCCAGCUAUUUGUAGAGCCUGAUUUCCCAGAGGCGUAUACACUGAAACAAUGGUUUGAGAGGGAAGGGAGGAAUGUACCAGCUGUCUCUAUUUCCAGAGAAACGUCCAGUUUUGGUAAGACUGAUGUGCGGAAGACUAUAUCUCAGAUUAAAGAUGAGAAGUUAGGGACUUCAGAGAAGCCUGAUUGGAUAUCUGUCUGUGCAAGCGUUUCAUUCAUUAAAGUUGAUAAUUUCUGCUACACAGCUUGUCCUAUCAUGAUAGGGGAUAGGCAAUGUAACAAAAAGGUGACUAAUAAUGGAGAUGGAAAAUGGCGUUGUGACAGAUGUGAUCAAUCUAUUGACGCAUGUGAUUAUAGGUACUUACUGCAAUUCCAGAUACAGGAUCACACUGGCUUAACAUGGGUUACUGCUUUCCAGGAGGGUGGUGAGGAGAUCAUGGGUAUACCUGCAAAAGAUUUGUAUUAUCUGAAAUUUGAAGAACAAGAGGAUGAAAAAUUUGCAGAAAUCAUCCGUAAGGUUCUCUUCAAUAAAUAUGUGUUCAAGUUAAAAGUAAAGGAGGAGACAUUCAGUGAUGAACAACGUGUUAAGUCAACGGUAGUAAAAGCAGAGAAGGUAAACUAUGCGUCUGAAUCUAGAUUUGUUUUGGAUUUGAUUGAUAAGCUUAAGGAUGAGAAAUCAAAAGGUACCCAUACUAACACUGUAAUCAAUAAUGCUGGACUGGGGAGUGUUGAAACUGGACAAGCUACGCCACCAGUUUAUAAUUCUAUAAAGAGCAACACUAAUGCUAGUAGAGAUUAUGGGAUUCCAGCAAAUCAAGUGGGUCAGUAUGGAAACCAAUAUAACAGUUCUUUUCCUUCAGCAGGGCCUCCUGGUUCACAUAUGUCAUGUAACAAUUGUGGAGGCUCUGAUCAUAUCUCUGCACUUUGCCCAAAUAUUAGAAAUCGACCUGGACAGUCUGGGGGAGGGGCCUUCGCAAACAGGGUAUCUGCUGGAUCAGGUGUUGUUUCUGGUGAAUGCUUUAAGUGCCAUCAAACUGGCCAUUGGGCAAGAGACUGUCCGGGUUUCAAUGCAGCACCUCCAGCUUAUGGAAGCAGUAAUGUAAUGCAAGGAAGAUACGGGAUUGCUCAAAAGCAAGAAUUUGGAGGAUAUUGAAAUUUGGCAAAACCGUGCUUUUUGAAUCGUGCUAUUGUUCAGUUCAUUUUUACUUUGUUUCAAGUCAUGUCUUAGAAAUAUUAGCGAUUUCGUCUGAACUGUAGGCUCUGUAAAUAUGGAUGACAUAAUUAUGCGGUAUCUGAUGCAGCAUUUCUUGAUGCUGACGUGGUGCGGGCUUCUUUGA